GCGUCACUUGUGGGGAUGUCUGCAGCAUUUGCAUUUUUGAACACUUUUUUCUCCAUCACCGCGACACUUGGCAAUAUUCUCAUCCUAAUUGCUCUUAACAAAGUGACUUCGAUUCGUCCUCCAACGAAACUUUUGUUUCGAUGUCUGGCGGUCACCGAUCUUUGUGUUGGACUGAUAACGCAACCGCUGUUUAUAGUGACGCUUCUUGCCAGCAGCAACGUUCAUGAAUAUGUUGUAGGCAUACAGCAGGCUUCUUCUGUAGUUCUUUGUGGAGUCUCCCUCUUGACAUCAACCGCAAUAAGUGUGGACAGACUUCUUGCGUUGUCGUUGGGUCUGAGAUACAGAAUUGUUGUUACAUUAAGGCGGGUGCGAGCGCUUAUAAUUUCCUUUUGGGUUCUACUUGUUGCUUUAGCUGGGUGUAUCUACAUUUUAGACAUUUUCUUUAUUGUAUAUGGUGUUGUGAUGCUUAUUUCUCUUCUUAUCUCGGCCAUUUCUUACGCUAAUAUCUAUUUCCGUCUCCGUCACCGACUGCUUCAUGUACAAGGCCAUGUUCACCAACGACAACAACUUCCUCCGAAUGGCGUUGUAUCGUCUGCACUAAAUGUAGAGCGAUACAAGAAAACAGUUUCUGUCAUAUUAUGGAUACAGCUUGGAUUAUUUGCUUGCUACUCUCCUAUUUGUGUUUAUUUAGUUUCGUGGCAUUUUGAAAAGUUUUGGGACACUAAUGUGAUUGACUAUCUCAUUUGUUUACUUUUCAUUAACUCAUCUCUGAACCCCAUUCUUUACUGCUGGAAAAUCAGGGAGGUGAAAGAGGCAGUAAAGGACACAAUUAGACAGUUAAACUGUUGCUGUGAACAAAAUUGA